AUGGAAGCCAUCAGGACUCCAAAGAACGUGGCCCGCAGGCCAGAUGGGAGCCCAGUUUCAGUCACCAUCCCUGCCUCUCCCUUCAUGAAGAAGCUUGGAUACGGCACCGGAGUCAACGUCUACUUGAUGAAGAGGUCUCCCAGAGGUUUGUCUCGCUCCCCAUGGGCUGUGAAGAAGGUCAACGCCAAGUGCAACAGCCGCCAGCAGCGCAUCUACCAGGAGAGGCUGAACGAGGAAGCCAAGAUCUUAAAAAAACUCCAGCACCCCAACAUUGUGGGUUACCGUGCCUUUACCAAGGCCAGCGACGGAAGCAUGUGUCUGGCCAUGGAGUAUGGAGGAGAAAAGUCUCUCAAUGACUUGAUUGAAAAAAGACUUGAAGACAAGCUGGGCCCUUUCCCUGCUGCCCUCAUCUUCAAAGUUGCCUUGAACAUGGCAAGGGGCUUGAAGUAUCUCCACAAUGAGAAGCAUGUGCUCCACGGAGAUAUCAAGUCCCCCAACGUGGUCGUUAAAGGUGAUUUUGAAGCCAUCAAGAUCUGUGAUGUGGGAGUGUCCCUGCCCCUGGACGAGAACAUGACCGUGAGCGACCCAGAGAUGUGCUACAUUGGCACGGAGGCCUGGAAGCCCCCGGAGGCUCUGCAGGAGGCCGGCGUGAUCACGGACAAGGCUGACAUCUUCGCGUUUGGGCUGACCCUCUGGGAGAUGAUGACCCUCUCUGUGCCCCACCUCCACCUCAGCAACUGCCCCGAGGAUGAAGAUGAAUCCUUUGAUGAAGACUCCUUUGAUGAGGAAGCAUACUAUGCAGCCCUGGGAACCCGCCCAGCUCUCAACAUGGAGGAACUGGACCAGUCCUACCAGCAGAUGAUUGACCUCUUCUCUGUCUGCACCACCGAGGACCCCAGGAAGCGCCCCUCGGCCGCAUGCAUCGUGGAAGCCCUGGAAGCAAGCUUGUCCCAGAAGUAAAAGUAUCUGAGCUCCCUGGUGUGGGAGUUUGGAGAUUGAACUUUGAGGAGUAAAGCUACUCCUCCA